UGCGGUAUGCCAGCUAGUUUGAUAUGGCCCAGGUACCUACUUUUCUGCUCUAUAGCAGCACUGACCACCAUGGCAGGCUCUGAGAUUGUACAUCAGUACUACAAGCCACUUGAUGACCUCGAGGAAUUGGUGCAACAGGCGCUUGAACAACGACGAAAAGAUAAAACCUAUAACUGUCGGUCCUGAAGUGAAAGCUACUUCUGCAUCUGGCUUAUUGCAAUAGUUAUGUAGUUAUAUUACUUGCAUGUAAACUGUAACUUGACACACUUGGAUUUUUGUUUAACCAUUGGAAAUUAAAUCUGCUUUUAAA